AUGACGACCGACGAUCUUCAAUCGACGACCUCGCUCGGGCUCACUCUUGAAGGUCCUUCUACUGGUGCACCGCAACCUCUAACAUUGACGCCCACUACCAGACUAGGCAAACGAAGAAGAGGAGAAUCGACAGCCGCAGGCACUGCAAUCCCGCGGAAUCCACCAAGUUCAGUAGAUUCUGCUGCCUCUCGUUCGGCCCCUUCAGAACAUGCCCAUAAUACCUCCAGGUCCCCGGAAAACCAACGUCCGAUUUGGUUGCGCGAUGUCAUCUCAUUCAUCAAGCGGUACGAAGGAAAUAUAGAGAGCAAGGUCGUAAAUGCAGGCGCCAAGGAGGAUAUCAAGGACACCCUUACGGACGGCUUCAUGGUCAUGCUAUUCAUGUUGGGAUAUAUGAACAACCCCGCCGAUUCAGAAGAACUUGACGGCUUGGCAAAGGUGUUUAGCGACGGCACAGCUCCUCUCCCGCAUACAUCAUCCAGGAAGAGGGUUGUGCGCCUAAGUCCAGUCAUCCUGGAGUACUUGCGAGAGACCCAGGAGGCGGCAGGCGGAGAAAUGAUGAAGGAAAUGGAGCAGGAAGCGUAUGCCAUAGUUCUCGGUAAGGUGGAGGAGGCUGAGAGAAAGGCUGAGGAAGCACGCGACAAUGGGAACGGCCGCACCUCAGAAAAGCCUCCGAGCGUUGGUCGUGGUGUUCAUGCAGGCUCGAAUGAUACUGAAGAUGGUGCGAGUCGAGCCAAUCACCUUGGUGCCGACCCAGGAGAUGAAAUACAACAAUCGUAUAAUACCACAAGCCACCAAGCUCCCCAAGCCGAUAUUGUUCCUUCAGGGGUAGCUCGCGUCUACAGCCAAAUGCGCGUCUUCAUCACUGACCACGUUAUGGGACAAAUCAGAUAUCUCGGCGAGGAGGAGCGGGACGCGCGCGCGCGCCUGGAGCACUGUCGGCGCGUGGAAGAGGCGGCCCAGCGAGCGGAGGCGCAGGUUCGGAGGGUGGCAGCGCACGCCACCCGCAUCGCCGAGCACAAUCGCGAAGUCGCAGAGCGCGACCGGAUAAUCGCAGAGGAGAUGAUGGCCGAGCAGGCGCGCAGGGAAGCCGAUCGGGCAUGGGUUGAGAGUAUGACCCAGCUCAUGCAGAGCCCCGGGCACCCCCACUCAUACAACUAUGCGCCCGAGUUCCAGUCUGCCUACGCGAACGCUCCGCCGCAGGCGUCGUACGCUUAUUGCCCUCAGCCCGCAUAUUACGGGCAGGCACCUCCCGGGUACGCUCAGUGUAUGGAGCCUCACCCCGGCCACCCUCCCCAGUUCCAGGUCGCGUACUACUUACCUGCUCCUGGGACGCAGGCGCCGGGCUACGGUGUCCCACCUUUGACGUACCAUCAGCAUUACGGAUCUGGACCAAGCGAGACUCAUUAUGCACAGUAA